GUCCACAGUAUAAUAAUAUCCUACCAGAGGACAAGUAUGGCCUGCUGGCGCAUUCCAAUCCCGUGUCCUGAAACGGAUGCACUUUUCAACUGUUUUGUGUCAGGCGUCAGGGGAAAGCGUCAAAGUUCUCUCUCUUCAUAUCAUUAUAAGCCUACUGUGUUGAUCUAAUACUAUUUCCUCGGGCAUAAUCACGGAUGAUAAUUGUUCUAUCUACACUAGAAUCUUGAUCUAGAUCUAGAUCUAAUUAUGAAUAGAAUUUUAUUUCAUGGAAUAAGAGUUUUCCCACUCCGAAAUAACUUUCUUCAUUGAGUCACCGAACGAAACAAGAUCGUAUUGCGUUUAUUCCAUUCCGGUACGGUAUAUUGAGAGUUUGACCAACAUCACGAUGUGCCAGUGUUGGCAGUUGCGGGUGCGGUCAAUUCUAGUUCUUUUCUGCAUUUUUUAUAUUAUUCUAGCAUAAUUAUUCAACCUCUCAUAGCUUCUGCAUUCUGCCUCGAUCAGUAAGUUAACCCAUUUCUAAACCCACCAUAAUUUUACCCGCCUCAACUUCCCACGAUAAGGGUGCGCUUUUAUCUGAAGCCUGUUGAUCUGUUCAGCUCUACCGACAGUGCAACGACAUGUGAACCUUGAGUGCCCCCAUGUUUUGUCACGCUACUUGCCUUGCCUUGCCUUGCCUUCCCACCCGCGCCCCUUUAUAAUUGUACAGGGUACAUUGUACAGGGUACACUGUUGAAUAGGUCUGGGGGAUAGUGCGUUAUCGCUCGGCCUUGUCAACAGAACCAGCAGCAGUCGUCUGGAACGGUUGCCCAAGUUAGCAUUACGUGGUAUAUUUUGAACUAUUUUAUUACUAUGUGUGGAUAUCAGUGCUUGUCUCCUGUUAAAGGAUUCUCAGCGUCUCUUCCACUGGAGAAAUUAAUUCCAACGGCAUCAUUCUACAGAGAGCAGUCACAUAUUAUCACGCGGCGGAUAAAACGACACUGAAGCAGUUUGUAGUCUGGACAGUCGUCUCUUGUCUCAUUCAAUGACGCAGGCAAUGUGCAACGAUACAGGAUAGAGCUUAACCAAAAACGGACAAGGAGACGGGGAAGAACAUCAUGGUCCUCAGUACACUCUCCGCCCACAUCUCCCGUACAAGGCACGCCUUUAUCCCCAGUUAUCACAUACUUUUCCUGUAUCUGACAUUAAAUAUCUUCGAGGUGGUGUGGGCGGAGAACGUACAUGGCGUACAUGGCACAAUUACCCCUGUCACAGGGUCAGGGGUCAAAAACUCUAAUGUCACGGCCACUGAAGCCACGGUCGCCGGGAUGGUGGUACCAGUCGGAGAGGGCAGAGUAAGUCUGUCAGAGAGGCUGGAGGAGAAGGCCAAGGUCAAGGAAUACAUUCGAGAUCUGUUGGAGCACCUGGCCCGAGAGAACAAGAACACGGCUGACCUGGACAUCCGAAAAGACCAGUUUGGCAUGUUGAAUCAGACGAAGGCGAGGGGUCCAUCUGGUCUUGGAACAAGGCGGGAAAACCGAGCCAAGUCGACGAAACAGGAGAGGAAAGAGAAGAGAAAGAAAAAGAAAAGGAAGAAGAAGAAAGCGAAAACAAAGAAGAGGAAACAAAAUGAAAGAGAGGAGGAGCCUCUCUAUCGAGCUCUGAGUGUUCCCAACCACGUGACCAAACUAGACCUGUGUCGGGAGUGGCGGCCAGUCCGCAGACCCAGGAACUCGACAGAAGGAGGAGGGACUCUCGUGGUCAACUACUGCUCUCGACGCGGAGAAGGAGGGGGAGCAGCAGCAGCAGCAGCAGCAGCGGCAGGAGGAGGAGCAGCAGGAGAACAAGAGGAGGAGUAUGUACCAGACACCAAAGUUUGUCUAAAAGCUGGUGACGAGGGCCCCAACUGUAAACUUGUCCGAGCGCUGUGAUAGAGUCGGCGAGAGCCGAGCCCACCCACCAUGGAUUAAUGAUUGGGCUGACCCUCGCUGCUGUGGGCUGUGGAGCCUUGAUCUGCCUUGUUGCUAUCCUGGUCUGGAAGAGGAUACGAUGUGGAAAGUGUCAGUCUAUGUCUGACCCAUCACACUGCAGUGCCAAAGGACACCAGUCACUAGGAAGAUCAGAGAAUGUGACAUCGGAAUAUCUCGAGUCCGACCAGGUGGAGCCGUUGAUGUUCCCUCCCCACACAGGACGUUCCGGACAGGGUGAACGUCAUUCUACGCUUAUAUCGGGGAUCAGUCCAGACCUGUACCGUUGGGUCAAUGAGGUAAAGACGUACCCAGAGAUGGAUGUUCAAUCCAGUCCCUGUACCGAUGAGUUGUUGCAGGGAGAGGCAUGUGGUGGAAGCCAAAAUUCUGUCGAUGACAUUGACACGCCAAAUUUUAAGACUCAUUCUGAGUGUGAAAAAACGUGCGGAAACAGGUCACCGUUAUCUGGACACUACAAUGAGGAAAGGAAACUGGAGGUGGAGAAGAAAAAGAAAAGAAAAUAUCUGACUGAGGUAGAGAGGAAGAAAAGAAUGCUGGAGGAGGAGGAGAUGGAUAAAAUUGGAGGCUUGGAUUGCAUCUUAAAACCAAACAAAAGACCUGAAAAUCCUCAAGAAGUGCCCUUUCAUUUACUGGAUAUGUACUCCAACGAGACGGAGUCCGUAAAUGAAGAGGCCAACAGUUGUAUUACUUUGUCUGUUUGGUCAUUAUGACACCUGUAAGUGUUUGUUGGUGUGUGUGUGUGUGUGUGUGUGUGUAUGUGUGUGCGUGUGUGUGUGUGUGUGUGUGUGUAUGUGUGUGUGUGUGUGUGUGCUCAUGCGUGCGUAAGCCUGAAUUAUCAUGUGUGUGUGCGUGUGUGCGUGUGUGUGUGUGUGUGAGCGAGAUAAAUAGAGGUUGAGAGACAACGAUAGAAAGAGAGAGAGAGAGAGAGAGAGAGAGAGAGAGAGAGAGAGAGAGAAAGAGAGAGAGAUCGAGAGAGAGAAUGUGUGUGUGUUCAUAUGUGUGUUCGUGUGUGAGUGCGAAUGUGAGAAUAAAUGCAUCUGAGAACAGGUUUAUGUGUGCGUGUAGAUUAAAGGUGAAUGUGAGCCAGUACAGGUGGACGCAUGUGAUCGUGAAUGUCUGUGUAUGUCCGUCCAUUUGCCAUUAUAACCAACGUCAUCAACAUCGAUGUCAUCAUAAUCUCCCCGUAUAUUUUCAUUCCAUCUCGCCUUUGUACAUAUGUAUAUAUACUGUAGUUAGAAUCUAGGACCAUAUUACGUGUGUGCUGACUUGCAUAUUAUCUCAAAAACUGACUUUGGAGUAUGGAAAAAAAGCUUCAGGAAGUCAGUUUAUUUAGAAUAGAAAUUUAGCUCACUCAUCUUGAUCAUUAUCGUCAUAAAAAUGCCAGAUUGAAGCAGACAUUGGCGAUCAUGGUUCACCAUUCAUUGCUUUGCUCGGAUGCUUUCAAUAAAACCCAUAUUAUCCCCCAAUCUGUUGCUGUUUAGGUUUUCCAGGUACGUUGCUCUGGGUUCACCCACCACCGCCUUUUUUGCCUUCUGUUUUUCCAUUUUGAGCAAGAUGAUAAGGCUUUCAUGUCGAUUCCACUGUCUCAGAAACUGCAUGUGUCUCUUCCUAUUUGUUUUUUUAUCAGUGAGCGGUCCAUAUAGGCUUCUCUCAGUUCUACCUCAUUUGAUUUCUUUUCCUUUCAUGAAAGUAUAGUUGACUAUAAAUAUCCCUUUAGAACUCUUAUUCUGGUUGUCAUGAAAAUGUUUUUAUUUUUCAAAAUUAUAUUUAAUGGAGCUCUCUUCAGUCAUAGUAAUUUUUCCUUGUACUUCUGUGGAACAUUUGGCAUCGGUUGUAAUCCAUCUAUCCUAGCUAUUUAAACUGUUGAACUUAUUCGAUCUUUUCACUUUUGCUUAUGAAAAUACAAAUAAGAUUUACUAUUUUUAUACAUUAUGAUUCAUUCUGUUUUCCUUUACGUUCAACAAUAACCCUUUAUGCUCACUUUUUGUCACAACUAUAUCCAGAAGCAAUUCAAUAUCUCUUUCUGAGCCUGAAAUCAAAAGUGUGUCUUCGCUAUAUACAAUGUAAUAUCAAUAUUAUAGUCAAUAUCACAAGUCUUGAUAUUAGUGAAUAAAUUUGCGAGAAUUGA